CUUCAUGUCAGUAGAAAUGGACAGCAGCAGCUUUAUUCAGUUUGACGUGCCCGAGCACAGCAGCACCGUUCUCAGCCAGCUAAACGAACUCCGCCUGCAAGGGAAACUAUGUGACAUCAUCGUCCACAUUCAGGGUCAGCCGUUCCGAGCCCACAAAGCAGUCCUGGCCGCCAGCUCCCCGUAUUUCCGGGACCAUUCAGCAUUAAGUACCAUGAGUGGCUUGUCAAUAUCAGUGAUUAAAAACCCCAAUGUCUUUGAACAGUUGCUUUCGUUUUGUUACACUGGAAGAAUGUCCUUGCAGCUGAAGGAUGUUGUCAGUUUUCUGACGGCAGCUAGCUUCCUUCAGAUGCAGUGUGUCAUUGACAAGUGCACGCAGAUCCUAGAGAGCAUCCAUUCAAAAAUCAGUGUGGGCGAUGUGGACUCGGUGACAGUCGGCGCCGAAGAGAACCCAGAGAGCCGCAAUGGAGUUAAAGACAGCAGCUUCUUUGCCAAUCCGGUGGAGAUCUCCCCUCCAUAUUGCUCGCAGGUGCGGCAGCCCACCGCGAGCAGUGACCUGCGGAUGGAGACAACCCCCAGCAAGAAUCUGCGCGGCCGCUUACAGGAGGAAGGGCAUUCGGACCGAGGAAGCAGCGGAAGCGUGUCCGAGUACGAGAUUCAGAUAGAGGGGGACCACGAGCAAGGCGAGCUGCUGGUGAGGGAGAGCCAGAUCACGGAGGUGAAAGUGAAGAUGGAAAAGUCCGACCGGCCUAGCUGCUCUGACAGCUCCUCCCUAGGGGACGAUGGCUACCACACCGAGAUGGUCGAUGGGGAACACGUGGUGGCGGUGAACGUGGGCUCUUACGGCUCUGUGCUGCAGCAAGCUUAUUCCUACUCCCAAGCAGCCUCCCAGCCAGCCAGCGUGUCAGAAGCUUUUGGAAGUUUGAGUAAUUCUAGCCCAUCAAGGUCCAUGCUGAGCUGUUUCCGAGGAGGGCGUGCCCGCCAGAAGCGGGCUCUGUCGGUCCAUCUGCACAGUGACCUGCAGGGUUUGGUGCAGGGGUCUGACAGCGAAGCUCUGGUGAAUAACCCCGGGUAUGAGAGCAGCCCCCGGGAGAGGAGUGCAAGAGGGCACUGGUACCCAUACAAUGAGCGGUUGAUCUGCAUUUACUGUGGGAAGUCUUUCAACCAGAAAGGAAGCCUAGACAGGCACAUGCGCCUCCAUAUGGGAAUCACCCCCUUUGUGUGCAAGUUUUGUGGGAAGAAGUACACACGGAAGGACCAGCUGGAGUACCACAUCCGGGGCCAUACUGACGACAAACCAUUCCGCUGUGAGAUUUGUGGGAAGUGCUUUCCAUUCCAAGGUACCCUCAACCAACACCUACGGAAAAACCACCCCGGUGUAGCUGAAGUCAGGAGUCGCGUCGAGUCCCCCGAGGGAACCGAUGUGUAUGUGGAACAGAAACUGGAGAAUGAUGCAUCGGCCUCUGAGAUGGCCCUAGAUUCCCGGAUGGAAAUCCACACAGUGUCUGAUGCCCCUGAUUAAGAUGGUAAACAAGUGCACCCAAACAAAGCACAUUUAUCAAUGCAUUCUUGUGAUUUGCUUUGUUGUAAUCUUUGAUUUUUCCAACCAUCUGGAAAUCUCUUUGGUCUCUUGGCAUUUUUCUAAGGUUUCUGGAUGGAACACUUUCUUGUGUUUAUCCUCUUCCCCCCCUUUACCUCCCCCAAGGAGCUCAAAGCAUGAAGGGCAACAUAUCCAGGGAAAACACAGGCUGACAGUAUUCCUCAUUGGCUGAAUUCUUUAGUUCCAAAUCUGCCAGUGAUUUAGCUAUGCCAAGUGGUUGACCCUCCAUUCUCUGCCAAGAGGCGCACUCUGAUUGUGUGUGCUGGCACCGUGCAUUACCAAGAGAACCUGGGAUGCUGUCAAGCCAAUACAAAUGGGUAACCUUUUCUAAUUUAAAUGACUUUUAGGGGGUAGUUAGACAAUUUAUAUAUAUAUAUAAUAAAGUGAUUAUUAUAUAUAGUAUAUAUACAGUCUCAAAUUUGAUUUUAUUCUAGUUGAGGUGAAUGUAAGAGGAAUAUAUAAUUUAAUACAAUGUGAACAGGGUUUUUGACUCUGUCCGAUCGAUCCCUACCUAAUAUGUUAGGGUAUUACCCCUUUACCUUCCUUACAAAAGAAUGUUAAUGCUUUUCACAUCUUAUUAGUCGUUGUGUCCAAAAGCAAGCAAAGCAAAUCACAGUCUUCAUAGCUCUGCUUCACAACAAAUACAUAAGCCAAAUGCCAUAAAAUAUAUUCUACUCCAGUUGGAAACCGUUUGGAAUUUUUGUUCGUUGUCCAGUUGGUGAGCUGGAUGACCUGUGGUGCUGACCUUUUUACAUAGUGUCAUAGUAGUCAACCCCAACCCAAAGGAGCAGUGGUUUUCCAUGUUUUUACUGGCCUACAAAUCUACCUUCAUUCCGUACUGUAGAAACAUACAUACCAGGUAACUACAGCAAAUCUCUGUCUGUCACAAGCGAGUCCUCGCACUAAAGGAAAGGAGUUUGUAGCUCGGGCUACCACGUUCUCCAAGCAGUGUUGUGCUCUUUUUCCUUCUUCUUUUCAAACAGCUAGUUCAGGUGCACAGCAACUUUUUCUACAUGCAGUUCCCAGGGAAACUGCAGAACUUGGAAUUUGUACUUUUUGUAAAAAUAUACUCUAUGGGAAUUGCAAGCAAUAUAUCUUAGUAUUGUGUGUGCUAAUGAGAGCCUCAGGGGCUCUCCCACUCUCUCAGUGUUUCCUGCUUAAAGAAACCACAGUUAAAAAGCCCUCUAAGAUACUCUGUGUGUCACCAAAUCGGUGUGUGUCACCAUUUUGUUUUUCUUUUUGUUAACGUGGUGCUAUUUUCAUGUUUCAGUAUCUUUUAGAUCAGUAUAGUAGAGAAAAUGUGAAAUAUUACAGUAAUAGUGAAUUAUAAUUUCUUUCCUCUCUUGAGUUCAUAGCUUGAAAAGAGGCCUCAAAAGCAUGUACUGGCAAAUGUAUGACUGUCUAAAAACUUAACCAAGUCCUAGCUGAACAGUAGUACGUUAGCGACUCCUCGGCUCUAUUGUUGGCUCGUGUAUACUUCUAGUGUACAAAGAAAGCUUUCCCAGAUUGUGUUGGUACAGUAUCCUCUGGCAGAAAGUACAUUUGUGAGUCAUUUGGUUAUGAGUUUGUGCUUUAGACUGCUGUGGGAAUGUCAGUGCUCAAACCCUCAGCCUGAGAACCUUGGCUCUGAAAGCUCAGGAGUGGUUCUCCACGGGAAAACAGCAGAAUCAUGGGAAAGAAAAACACAAGUGAGAGACCAACCUCAGAGGUUAUGACUUGCAUUAAAGGAAUACAAAAACAGUCAUUUGCUGGGUUCCCAUGCUUUUUUGGCUCUUAAAAAUACAAAUAAUUGUGGAUCUUUUUUUUUUUUUUUUUUUGAGGUUGGGAGGGUGUUGUUUUGAGAAAAAAAAAUCAUCAAAGCCCUUUGUGUGUAGUAGACCCCCGGAGGUGGUAGCUGUGCAGUAGCUUCUCUUUGGCACAUAGGAUCUGCUCACGUGUGAACUGCUGCACUACACGUCAGUGUUACUACAUACAGAUUACACUCUUAAUUCCCGCUGCUCCCGAGGAGCAGCUCUUGCUAAACCGGGUAUAUAGUAUGCCUUUUUCCUCGUCAAACUGCCUAAGUAAGGGGCUUGUUCUCUCCCUGAAGCACUUGUUCAACUCCUGUUAAAGCCACGUGCCUCAAGGGAAGGCUGGACCCCAAAGUGUUUACCCACUUAACUAUGUCCUGGGGUUUCAGGUAAAUGUUUGUGGAUUCUUUUUUUCUUACACGAAAAAGUUUGGUUUUGAUUUUUUUUAAAGAAUUAAAUGCAAAAAAAAAUGUGUUUUGAUACAAAUUCAAUUGUGACAAGAAAUGCCCAAAUGAUGGACAUGAGAGGUCAGGCUCAGGGAAGGAAUCUCCUUUUCACUCAGGCUUGGGGCCUUCUGAGAGGUCUCCAGAGCUUUCUGCGACAUGUGAGACAAGUGAGGAGGGGAGGGCACUUGGGGCAAGCACCUAGAAUGUCCUGUUCUUGUCAUUUUGUCAGUCUUAACCUUAUACCUAAAGUUCUUUGUAUUUGUAAAUUUGUUUAACUGGUUUGAGUUUACCAAAGAGUGACUUAUCCAAAAUUGUCUCUGACAAAAAUAAACAUUGCUUUGAUUGUACAGUUCAGGUUCAAACAUUGUAAUGGGACUGUUAAAGGGGCAGAAAAUUGAUUGAGUUUCUCUCUAAUAAUCAUGAUUCCGCAUUUGUGCAAGUUUUACUUGCUCCCAUUCAUGUUGCUAACACUUUACCCUUGCCACUGCUUGCAGUGUUAAGAAUGAAUUCUCAAGCCAUAACACAGUACUGUAAUGUUCCGCAGGGCUUCGAGGGAGGCAGUGCGUAGACCAGCACACAGCUAUGUAGCCUCUCUGAGCAUUCCUACUGUCAUGUUUCCCAGUGUACGCGUGGCUGUGGGAGAUUAACUCCAUUCAGACCGGGCAGCAGCAAUUAAUUGUGCCUUGUCACACAAGGAUGUGCCAGGACCACAGAACAGAAACAUUCUCUCCCCGAAGUUCACUUCCUGUCUCCACAGAUGAAGUACGCUGUGUAACUCCUUAGAACAACUUUUUUUUUUUUUUUAAUGCAAAGGUCCCUAUUUCUGUACAGGUUUAGGCUAGAUGUUUCCAUGAUAACCGAUGCAGAAAUCUGUAAAGACACAGUGAUAUGUGAAGAAGUCUUUUACAGUGAAAUAUAUCCUGAAUCCGUAUGGGCUUGUUCAUAAUUGAGUCUCUUCUUGAGCUACCUUUUUCAAUACGUAGACAAUGUGAAACCAGUGACAGCGUCCCUUUCUAUAGUUGCUUAACUUGUUAUUACAAACUGUGAAAACAAAGAAUUUUAUACUUUUACUAACAUUUGUGGUUUUAAACAAGUUACUUUCAUUCUAAUCGGUCCCCUAUCUUUUAAUUUCUACAACUGUAAAUACAUUUAGAAAUUAUAUUUGUAAAUAUAGUAUCUGAUGACAAGUUAAUUUCUCAGUCAGUGGAAAGCCUCCCAAUUGGCUCUGCCAUUAGUUCUCUUUUUUUAUUUUAAACCGAAAACAGAAAGGAUACUGUUGGUUCACUGUUGAGCAGAAUACUGUAGGAACUAAGUGGAUAGUUUGUUGUUGUGUUUUUGUUUUUUUUUAAAUAAUCUGCCAGAGCAUGAGUAGAUGUCUUUCUAAUAAUAACAGUCAUAACCAAGUCUUUCUUUAUCCCAUAGCCCAGACCAUAAUCCUGCGUAUUUUUGUGUGUGGUUUUGUUGUUAUUUUGGUUCGUAGCUAGAGUUUAGGAAGAACUUGCAGGAACACAAAGCAAGGGCUGGGAGGAAAACCAUCCAUGUGAAUGAGCUUUACUCUAAAGAAAUCAGUGCAUUUUAUUUUAACACCUUUUUCUAUUACUGUGAUUUUUUUUUUUAAUGUUGUCGUCCUCCUUGUUGUUAAACUCUGUAAUGGUUUCCUGUGAAGCCCCCACUGAAAGGGACUCAAAUAUGCAACACCUAAACUAUUUUCCAAGGGCUCACGCCCCUUGAAUGGUGCUUCUAGACUGGUCAGGGUUAUUUAUUAAAUUUUAUAUAUGAAAGUAUUGGGGAAUUGUGUAAAUUCUUUAUACGAAACUGUCUAGUUCAUAAGUCAUAGAUUUCAUAAUACUCAGUGCAACUGAACUAAUAAUACAGGUUCAGAAAAGUCAUUCACAUUGUUCCAAGUUUGUAAUGGUUGUCACGUCACACACAUCUUUUUCAGUAAGUGCCAGAGUGUUCCCACUGUUUUCUGCCCAGCACUUGACUUCUUGGGCCAGAAGAGAAUGCAGGUUUUCUCUGCUUUCCUCCCUGGGUCUGGGCACACACAGGGCAAUUGUAGUUCUUGAUCGAAUCCUGGAGUAAGCUUCACUUGGUGCACCUUGUAGCAGAUCCAGUAAACAGACCUCUUGCUGCCCCUCAGUGACAAGUAUGCUGUGAAUUCAACCUUUGGACUUGCUGCCCAAGCCUCUGGUUGCUGCCCUGGCUAUAUAGUAAGAGGUAAACUUACCUGGUUUGUUUGAGAAUGACCAUUUUCCUAAUGUGAAAACCAUCUCUCACCAUUUUUAUUACUAGGGCUAACAUUUUUUUUUCCGUUAUAAAUGGUUGAGCAAUUUGAAUGACUUAACACAGUGUCAUUAUCUUGCAAUAUAAACCGGUAACCUCACAACUCCACACUUCAUCACCAUAUGAAGUAAAUGAAGCUAGCUAAGCGGAUGCUAUAUCGACUAGUAACUUGCCAUUAAGGAUUAUUUUAUAGCAUGACUUUAAACUAUUUAUUCAAAUGAUAUUUUACUCUUGUUAUUCAUUUUGUUUUAGAUUCGUGACAUGAAUAUUUCAGUGCUGCUUAAUUUCGUUCUGAUGAAUCUUUGUUUCUUGCUUGUAAAUGGCUUUUUUAUGGUAUAAAUAAAGUAAAUGGAAAUUGCUGUUUGUAAAUAAA